AUGAACAAUCUAAAAGUGUUCGGACGAAUUCAAGUUGCCAAGAGAAGCUAUUCCCCACUUCCAGUGGAUCCAUUAUUACGGUUUAAAGCUAUCAGUCAGACACAAAAAGCUCCUCGUGUUUUGAUUACUGGAUCUCUCGGACAACUAGGAAGAGGUCUGAAUUCAGUUUACAAGUAUAUGUAUGGAUCAGAAUGCGUCGUUAUGAGUGAUAUUGUUCGUCUUCCUGCAAAUGCCACAGAUGUUUCUGACUACAAUUAUUUGGAUAUUCUGAAUCAAGGAUCUAUUGAAGAAAUUGUUGUUAACAAGAAUAUCGACACUAUCGUUCACUUCUCUGCCCUCUUAUCAGCCGUAGGAGAGACAAACGUUCCAUUGGCUUUGCAAGUGAACUGCAGAGGAGUAGAGAAUAUUCUUCAAGUUGCAGCAAAACACAAGCUGAAAGUAUUUAUUCCAUCCACAAUUGGUGCCUUCGGACCAACGACUCCAAGAGAAAACACACCAGAUCUCACAGUUCAAUGCCCAACCACUAUCUAUGGAGUCAGUAAAGUAUAUGCCGAAAGACUUGGAGAAUAUUUCAAUCAUCGUUUUGGAGUAGACUUCAGAAGUAUGAGAUUCCCGGGUAUCAUCUCAGCAACUAAACCAGGAGGUGGAACAACAGAUUAUGCCAUUCAAAUCUUCUAUGAUGCUCUUCAAAAGGGAAAACACACUUGCUACCUUCGACCAGACACUCGUCUUCCAAUGAUGUAUGAUACCGAUUGCAUGGCUUCAAUCAUUCAGUUACUGUCUGCUGAAAGCGAAUCAUUGAAGAGAAGAACGUACAAUGUAACAGGAUUCUCAUUCACACCAGAGGAAAUUGCUGAUGCAAUUCGACGAGUGAUGCCAGGUUUCGAGAUUGAUUACGAUAUCUGUCCAACAAGACAAGCUAUUGCUGACUCAUGGCCAAAAUCGUUGGAUGACAGUGAAGCUCGAAACCCAUAUCUAAACUACCCUGGACAAUUUGGAAAUUUAACCGAAACCGACAAAAAGCAACAUUGUAAAUUACAGAUUCAGACAUGGAUGUAUAUUCAUUCUGGAGUAAGUAUUGUCACAUCACUUCUCGGAAUAAUUCUCGGCUCAAUUUUAUUGGUUAGGACGGAAUGGCAUGAAAAAUUGUUUUUGUACCGGCUAACGUUAGCAUAUCUACGUAGAGCAGAUCCUAGUAAAUAUUGGAUUGCUUAUCGGGUAUUUUUUGGUGUAUGGAUUGCGAUACAUUCUAUUCAUUUAGUGACAAUCGUUCUCAGUAUUAUUGCUGUUCAUAAAUCAUAUCUGAAACUUCUGAAACCUCAACUUGUGGCUCUUUUGGUCCAGCUUGGAUUAUUUAUCGUUUUGAUUUCCAGUCUUGUUGUGUACAGUAUAACUGGAACAAGAGUAGCUUGGUUAGCGCUUGUCGUUAUUCUUUUUCAUACAUUGUUUGCUUCCACAAACUUAUUUCUUCUUGCGAAAUAUCAUCGUUUUCUAGAUGAAAAACUGCAGAUAUUGAGAGAGAUUUUGAGUGCACAGGCCAAAUCAGUUCACUUCAAGGACGAUUCCUCU